GCGAGCGGUGAAAAAUUUUUCUUCUCACGUGAUUUCGUACCCCUCUUCAGAAAAAGAAUAGCAGUGCGAAUAAACGAGCAUCCAUCGAGUGAAUGAAUCGUGAAUUAUGUUGUCCUUCACCCUUCCUAAGCCAGGAUGGAGGGAGGGAGGUUAAUAGAAAAAAACGUAUGAAAUACCAAGGAAACAAGUGAUACGAGACAUUAGCAGAGUUAUCAGAAGGACCACGUGGGAUAAAAACGAGCAUCUUGAUUAAAGUCCCCGCAUAUACAAAGAUGGCGUCAAAGAGAACGAGACAGAAUCAUUCGAUACAGCAUCUACUGGAGCUGCCCUCGAACAGGGAAGAGAGGAGACUGGCGCAGCAACAGGCGCAGACACUACAAUUAACGACUAUCCCGAACACGACACCGCGACAAGUGCCCGUGACCGUGCUGCACCCCACACCAAAAAAGCUUUACCUGAGCAAAACUCGACAAGCAAUCCUCGCGCAAGAUAUCCAGAAUACUCUCUCCCAGACUGUCUGUUCCAACGCACACCGACCAGAGUCGUCUCCCGCGCGGCGGGACUGUCCCCGCCAAAUCAUGAACAAGAUCGACGAUCGAGUAAGAUCGCCAGGUACAUCAAUACGUCCUACGCCAACCUCGAUAUCUAGUAUCUCACCUUCAAGUCCUGAAGAACCCAUUACGCUGGUGGAACUUACCAGCGUGCCGGGCGGCCAGAAUGCGAUGGCUCACCUCAAAAAGCGGAAGCUGGAAGCCGAGACGGGAUUGGCUACUACGUUAAGCUGUAAGGCUAAAGGUCAGCUCGUCAUUUCGCAACCUAGCGGUGCGAGUGGUAGUGUCAGUGGUGGUGUUGGUACUUGUGGUGUGGUGCCACAAGAAAUGGACAAUAAUGCAGAUGCCGCAGUUAAACGUAGAAGAAAAAGUAUCCGUGACGAUGACGUUAGAAAACCAAUGGAAAUCGAGACUGGUGGAACCAAGAGUACCAUAUCGUUACCUCAGAAAAAGCGUGCUUUAGCAACGGGUAACUCCGGCAGUCCAGUCAAAAAAAAUAUUAAAAAUUCGGAAGAUCCCGAGGACGAUGAAACGCUGAUUCGCGAGACGGAAGCAGCCCUCAAGAGUCUUUCAGGAAGUUGGCCGGGUCCGAGUGGUUCGUUGUAUCAACGUGGCAAUUCGGAUGAUGACAGAUACGAGUCAAAUUUCGAAAAUUUGUUCGAAGAAAAGAAAGACAAUCCAAAAAUGUCACCUUCUUCGGUGUCUACAUCAUCAACGGCAAGUAACGACGCUGGUUGUUCAUUAAAAGAUGUUAUAACAUUAAGAGGUCAGCAAGAUCGGGGUGGAAGAUCAUUUCAAUCCUGUAGACUACAGGAACACAAUAAAGUUCAGCAACAACUCCAACAACAGCAAUACCUGUCGAACCUUGUUCAGGAUUCUACCAAGAUUGGGAGAUCGAACACGAAUAACAGGUCACUCUCGUCAAAAGAUAGAAACGAACGUGGUGAUUCACGACACAACGAAAAGUACUCGCGUUACGAUCCACCGGAUUUCAACGAACUUGUAGAUGAUUCGUCGAACGAGUUGGAAAUCGACAUGUCCGAUCCAUUGACGGAAAAAGACGAUUCAGACCGAGAAAAGGAUAGGAAUUGUAAGAGCAGCGGUUCGUCGACACAUACUUCAGGCAGGAAUCAUCACCAUCAUCAUCAGCAUCACCAAUUGCAUCAUGCACAAUCUCAGCAUCAACAGCAUCAUGGACAGCAACCACAUCAUUUACCCUACUCGAAUUAUCAGAGACAUUACAACGAAAGUGGACUGAGUAAGCAAUCUUCAAACAUUUCUGGCUCAGCGGGAUCUUCGCCCAAUUCUUCCGGUGGUUCUUCGUUCUCUGCGAACUCGGCAUUCAGACCACCAAAUGCAGAUCAUUCAAAAAAUUCGUGUAGAGUAAAUCCUACAGUGGUGGCAACGUUGAGUCCACCGAUUGGCCCAUAUCCAGCCUCAGCGACGUUCGUUGGUUUCCCAACUCCUGUUCCGGGACCAGCAGCAACACCGGUGGUUCAACCGAUUACCGGAUUGCCAUCGCCAGUUGACGAGAAACAAUCGUCAGGAGUUUCGUUGCUCCAGUUGAAAUCGCCAAAAGAGGAAGUGAUGCACGUAACUCAGCCAAAUCUUAAUUCUCGAGAAGCUGGCGGUGACGUAUCUGCAGGGACUGUUACGAACGCCGGGGUGAGUAUUCCCAAACGACAGAACAACGCACUUUCUGCUGGAGGAAUUACAUCGGUGUCAAGUCCCGACGCAAAUUCUUCAAAACAGUAUACGAUAUUGCAACCUGCUGGAGUUGGAUCGAGAGCUGCAAGUGCUAUUCAAGAUAUCACGCGGGAAGGAGUAGUUAGUGUGGCUGCCGUUAGUAACAGUGGUGCGAGCACGACAACCUCCAAUAGUGCGAAUAAUAGCACAACCAGUUACACCGGCGCUGGUAGCAAUCAUUCUUCUGGUAAAACCAGCAAUUCCACCAACAACCCUGUAUCCGGUAGUACUACUGAUAUUGGUAGCAAUAGGAACAAUAAUUCCUCAGUGACAGAUACUUCCGUGGCGACUGUCGCUAGUGGGCCAGCAAAUAACGGAAGUAGCAAUAGUAACACGUUGACUACUGUGACAACGACAACGACUACCACUUGUCCCGCAGCGAUUGGUGAUGUUUCAACGACUACAGAUGCUGCAACUGGCCAGUCGGACAUCGUCAUGAAAAUUCCUGACAACCGAGGACCUACCUUCGAUCCAACUAGACCAACAAUGUCCAUGUCACCGUCAAGUCUCAGCAGAGAGGGCAACAAGUGCCCGACUCCUGGUUGUACGGGACAGGGUCACGUUACCGGACUGUAUUCGCACCAUCGCAGUUUAUCCGGAUGUCCGAGGAAGGACAAACUCACGCCAGAGAUUCUGGCGAUGCAUGAGACUAUUUUGAAAUGCCCAACUCCUGGUUGCAACGGUCGCGGUCAUGUCAGCUCCAAUCGAUACACUCACAGAAGUCUCUCGGGAUGUCCUAUCGCAGCGGAAAUUAAGCAGACCGCACGCCACAAGGUCCAAGCGUCGGGAAUGCCGCCAGAGUUCAUAAGCACGAAUUUGCUGCCGGGUUCGAUGGACAUUAAGGGUUACCCAUUGUACGGAACCUCGUCGCAAGAGUCUAAAUCGGUGGUUGGAUCGCCCUCGUAUGAUUAUUACGCGGCAACUAAAGCAGGGGGUAUAAGCGUUAAAGGGCCUAAAACUCCAGAGGACGACAGCCCGAGAACGAGUAAAAUUAUACCAAAAACUGAGAAUUCGAACACUACCGGAACUUCUUGUAGCAGUAAUUUGGGCAGAAAUCAAUCGAGCGGUGAUUUAAUCGUGCCAAAGUCGGAGGAUACCGCGACGAGCAACAACUGUCGAGUGAACUCGCCACCUCCACCACCGCCACCCUCAUCCGUGCUCAGACAAACGUACGAUCCCUACUUGAAUCAGGACUCCAACUCGUCCUCCAUGUCCUCGAUGGAAGCGAUGGGUUCGAGAUCGAUAGGGGCGACCAUUCAUCACCCUGGACAACAUACUUCACAUCAUGUAUUGCCGAUGCAGCCUACGGUAACUUACCCCAUGACCAUGGUAGAAGAUACAAGGAUGGCUCAUCAGAUGUCUCAGAGGACACCGUACGAGUCCGCGGCAAUGAUGGCAGCAGCGGCAGCUGCUGCCGCCGCUGCAUCGGUAACCACUACCGAAGAGAUUUACCAUCACCGAACGACCGAACACUCGAGAGCUUAUAUGCACCCGGUUGUCAGUAAUAUCGCUCGACCAGUUGUCACCUACUCGAAUGAUGUUGUUGCAUCACGGGGUUAUGAAAAUGCGAUAGUCAGUGCUGCUAAUCAUCGACCUUAUGACCCUGGCACCGCAUCGGCGUAUGACAGAUACGAUACACAAAAUUGUACAGCCUUUCAACCCCAGCAACAACAGCAGCAACCACAGCAGCAACAGCAGCAGCAACAACAACAACAACAACAACAACAACAGCAGCAACAACAACAACAGUUGCACUCGAGAGCCAAUAUGUACUAUCUCGGACAAUCGGGAAUGACCCCUGACGAGCAGGAGAGGGCUUAUCACCAAGAAGCUGCAGCUGUAGUCCAACAACAGCAGCAUCAAAUGGCAAUGGCUGCUGCAGCCACCGUUGGUGUCAUGAUAAAGUCCGAAGAUGUAAAAUGUGUCGCCAGCGCUCAGGUUCAACAGAUGCAGAAAAAUGGCCCACCAACCUCGCCUGGAGGAUCGGUCAUGGAUCUCUCCACUUCCAGUGUCACCUCUACCAGUCCGCAGGCGCCGCCAUAUGGCUCGAACAGUCUGAGCCCGCAAUACGGUGGUGGGCAGACCGUUGGUGGAAGUCCUCAAGCUGCAGCCAGCCCUCAUCUAACUGCGAGUCCUCAGGUCCCGAGUCCACAGGGUCAAACACUAGACCUUAGCGUUAACAGGCUGCACAGCGGAGCUCCUAGCCCUCAGUACUCGACCGGGCAUGGCGAGGCUGUGCCGGUACCGGUUGGACCGCCAUUUUCAGCUCCACGACCGAUCGAGGAACAAACUGAACCGGUCGAUUUCUCGACGGCUAACGAGCCCGUUAAUUUCAGCGGUGGUCCAGGCAUAAGGCCAGUAGGUUUUCCACCUCCCGGAGUCCAUGCGGCUGCAUACAGUCGAGAGAGCACACCCGACAGCGGAGUAUCCCACUAUAUGGACGCGUAUCGAGAUCCUAGUGCUUACGGGCCAAUGAGCCCCCAUCCAGGCUACGGUAUGACUGGCGUUCAAGCCGAAUAUCCUGGCAACACGUACACGCCUUAUCCAACGGCCGGUUACAAUUGCGGUGGCGCUUAUCCCGGUGGACCAGUAACUUCCGCUUAUCAGAUACCAGCGGGUUACACUCCAGCACCCUGUUACAGCAUGCCACCACCUCAGCACACCAUUGGAGGCUUGGACAAGCCUUCGGGCAAGGACGAUGGUCUCUCCGGAUGUCCGAGAGCUGAUCGUUCACAAAUCCAGGCGCAUUCCCAAGAGUUGAAAUGCCCGACGCCGUCGUGCGACGGCUCGGGACACAUUACCGGAAACUACAGCUCUCACAGAAGUCUUUCGGGUUGUCCGAGAGCGGGAAAACCUAAGAGCAAACCUCGAGAUGGUCAAGACUCGGAGCCUCUAAGAUGUCCGAUUCCGGGUUGCGACGGCUCGGGUCAUGCAACUGGAAAAUUCUUGUCUCAUCGCAGCGCUUCUGGUUGUCCAAUAGCGAAUCGAAACAAAGCGCGAGUUCUCGAAUCUGGUGGAACUGUGGAACAACAUAAGGCCGCGGUUGCAGCAGCGACGGCAAUGAAAUUCGAGGGCGUCAAUUGCCCAACCCGUGGCUGCGACGGGAUCGGACAUGUAAACGGUUCAUUCUCGACUCAUCGAUCGUUAUCUGGGUGUCCGAAUGCUGGCCAUUCGAUCAAGAAGCCAAAAUUCGAAGACAUGAGCCUAUACAACAAAGGAAUCACCGGGAUGGAUGCCGGUGGUGGUCCGGCACAAGGUGGUCCGUUGGGUGCGGGUCAGGGAAGUAUCGGCGGUAACGGCCCUGCUGGUUGUGGCGGUCAGGGCGAGGAUCUGUACACCCUUGAAGCAGAAAUCACCGAGUUACAGAGAGAGAACGCUCGUGUCGAAUCCCAGGUUAUGCGACUGCGCUCCGAUAUCGCCUCUAUGGAAAAUCAACUGAAACACGGAGACAAGGAGACAAAUGUAAUUUCUCAACGGAACAACAAUCUGAAAGAUUAUUAUCACUCGCUGCGUGAGAACGUGAUAACAAUACUGGAGCACGUGCGCAUACCAAAUGCACCGGGUGGGGCGCAUCAGGAGAAAAUGAACCACGAGAAUUUCGACAGUUAUCUGACAAAGCUGCAGACCCUUUACACACCCGAUGGUUACUGUGCCGAUGAGAGUAACAGACCGAUCUACGAAUCGGUCAAAACGGCUCUCCAGGACUUCACGGUAUUACCUACGCCCAUCUGAGACCAUCCUCCAUAAAACAGAUGAAAAAUUAUUUUGUCAAACGAAAUCGAUCCUGUUCCAUCGAUAGAAGAGACGAAACGAUAUUUUUUUCUGGUAUAAUGCGGAAAGAAUUCCCGAACGAACUGAAAGUGAGAUUGAAAUCCGCUGAUCCACUGAUCCACAAAUUAACUGGAAAAAAGAAGCUUGAGGUGAAAAAAAAAACAGUGGUAAAAAAAUACAAAAAUAAAUGUAAUGUUGCUCGAUGGAAAAUGCAUUGCGAGUGUGCAAGAGCAGGUGCUAAAACAAAAAAUCUCAUCGUCUUGAGCAUUACGAAUUGCAAAUCGUGCGAUAUACCCCAAGAGCAAAAACUGAGUGCAUCGUAAAUUGCAACCUAUCACUAUUGUAAAUAAAAUAAUGAAGAAAUAAAAAGCAAAAGUAGUUGUCAA